AUUUCCAAGCCAUCCCCAUAAAUAAAUAAAUAAACCACUUUACAAAGCCAUACACAUUACACAUUUACAAACACCUUCCUUUGACUAAGGCAAAUAAGCUCAUUGUUUUGUUCCCUUUUCAUGUUAGCAAGUACUCACGGAAAAGUAACACAGAAACCACAGCAAUGUCUGGCUCCCGAAAGAAGCUUCUUCUGAACACCGUGUCCGUGAAACUAGGCUGCGGCACCUGCAGAAGACCAAGCCUGCGUCGCAUAUUCCACCCAAAGCCAAAACCAAAGAAUCUUAACAACAACACCAAUUACCGAAAGCACAAACAUUCUUCUUCUUCUUCUGCUUCUUCUUCCUUUUUUGCAAGCCAAUGGGGGGGUGACAGCACCAGCGCCACCCCCACCAACACCAACACCACAUUCUCACCCUACGUUGAUUCCUCACACUUUUCUGACUCAGAUUCCUACGUGAAGGCUGUGGGGGGUUUAGGCAGAGCUGGGAAAGAAGGUGUGGCUGUGGAGAAAGACUCUGAUGACCCUUAUCUUGAUUUCAGACAUUCCAUGCUUCAAAUGAUAUUGGAGAACGAGAUAUACUCCAAGCAGGAUCUCAGAGAGCUUCUGAACUGCUUUCUUCAGCUGAAUUCACCGCAUCAUCAUGGUGUUAUAGUCAGAGCUUUCACUGAGAUCUGGAACGGUGUUUUCUCUGUGAGGUCCAGUUCUCACAUCCACCUUAAGCCACGUGAGUUCUAAGUACUGCACGUGAUCGUGGGGGUGUUAAGGUUAAUUAACAAGUUGUAUAUGUAGUAGUAGCUGCACUAAGAGCUAUGUUCCUAGGCUUAAUAUCUAGUCCAACUUAGGCACAAACUUUGUUGAGCUAUGCUAAUUAGGUUGCUAACGUUGUAUUGUAUUACUGUAUUAGUAAACAGUAGUACAACAUUUUGAUCAACCAAAUGUAAAAAGGGAACUAUUGUUAUCUAGUAAGAGUAGUAGUAUUACUAUUUCUCGGGCAAUAUUAUUAUUAAUCAAAUUACACCCGAGUUGGAUUGGUUUUC